CUUCAGGGCCGGGCUCUUCCCGGGUAUGGAUAGAUACAUCAGCUCCGCCCUCGGACUUCAGUCAAGGGGCGGUACAAGGGUCUGUUCCACCCUGGGCGGUCCCCCCUUUUAAACCCAAGUCUCGGGAGAAUUUUACCCAAACCAUGACGGAUCUGGAGAAGCCCAGUAUCACAGGCCACAUGUUCGACGUAGUCGUGAUUGGAGGCGGCAUCUCAGGAUUGGCUGCUGCCAAACUAUUGUCAGAAUACAAAAUUAAUGUCUUGGUUCUGGAAGCCCGGGAUAGAGUUGGAGGAAGAACAUAUACUGUGAGGAAUGAGCAUGUUAAAUGGGUAGAUGUUGGUGGAGCUUAUGUGGGACCAACCCAGAACAGAAUCUUACGCUUGUCUAAGGAGCUAGGCAUAGAGACCUAUAAAGUGAAUGUCAAUGAGCGUCUAGUUCAAUAUGUCAAGGGGAAAACUUACCCAUUCCGUGGUGCAUUUCCACCUGUGUGGAACCCCUUGGCAUAUUUGGAUUACAACAACCUGUGGAGGACAAUGGAUGAUAUGGGAAAAGAGAUCCCUGUUGAUGCACCAUGGCAAGCAAGACAUGCUGAGGAAUGGGACAAGAUAACCAUGAAAGAUCUCAUUGAUAAAAUCUGUUGGACAAAAACUGCUCGAGAAUUUGCUUAUCUUUUUGUGAACAUUAAUGUGACUUCUGAGCCUCAUGAGGUAUCUGCCCUGUGGUUCUUGUGGUAUGUGAGGCAGUGUGGAGGUACCUCUCGGAUAUUCUCAGUCACCAAUGGCGGCCAGGAACGGAAAUUUGUAGGUGGCUCUGGCCAAAUAAGUGAACAGAUAAUGGUCCUCCUUGGGGAUAAAGUGAAGCUGAGCUCUCCUGUUACUUAUAUUGACCAAACAGAUGACAACAUCAUUAUAGAAACACUGAAUCAUGAGCACUAUGAGUGCAAAUAUGUAAUUAGUGCCAUCCCACCGGUUUUGACUGCCAAGAUCCACUUUAAACCAGAGCUUCCACCUGAGAGAAACCAAUUAAUUCAGCGUCUUCCAAUGGGGGCUGUCAUCAAGUGCAUGGUGUAUUACAAGGAAGCCUUCUGGAAGAAAAAGGACUAUUGUGGCUGCAUGAUAAUUGAAGAUGAGGAGGCUCCAAUUUCAAUCACUCUGGAUGACACUAAACCAGAUGGGUCAAUGCCUGCCAUCAUGGGCUUCAUACUUGCCCGGAAAGCUGAACGACUUGCUAAACUACAUAAAGACAUAAGGAAGAGGAAAAUCUGUGAGCUGUAUGCCAAAGUUCUGGGAUCUCAAGAAGCUUUAUCUCCCGUCCAUUAUGAAGAGAAGAACUGGUGUGAGGAGCAGUACUCCGGGGGCUGCUACACAGCCUACUUCCCUCCUGGUAUCAUGACUCUGUAUGGAAGGGUGAUUCGGCAGCCAGUAGGCAGGAUUUACUUUGCAGGCACAGAGACAGCAACACAGUGGAGUGGCUACAUGGAAGGUGCAGUUGAAGCUGGAGAACGAGCAGCUAGAGAGGUCUUGAAUGCUCUAGGAAAAGUUGCCAAGAAGGAUAUAUGGGUUCAAGAGCCUGAGUCCAAGGAUGUUCCAGCUCUUGAAAUUACCCACACCUUCUUAGAGAGGAACCUGCCUUCCGUGCCUGGUCUGCUCAAGAUCACUGGUUUUUCCACUUCUGUGGCUCUUCUCUGCUUUGUAUUGUACAAGUUUAAACAGCCCCAGUCCUGAAGUUUUCACCCACAGGCCUCCUGCUUGAUCAUCCUUAGCACAAUGAGCAUGUAAAGGAAAGUGAGGAUGAAUUACAGCCUGUGGUUUGGGCAAUUUAAGUGCACUUGAUUUAACCCUGCUCAGUUUAAUUUCAGUCUUUGUAAAGUGGUAACAGUCCAAAGAAUCACCUAGCUAAUUUCCAUAAGAAUGAGUUUCAUCUUGUUUGUUAGACUAAUUUGUGUUGGUUGAUAGAAUAAAAUGUUGAGUGCUUAAUUUCAAAAAGUUAAGUGCUUAUGAGGAAUAAUUUCUGGAUUCUGUUUUUUUUUUUCUUUUGCCUUUAAUGCAAAACAGCUAAUGGUUUCAGAAAUAAAAUAACUUGACUUACUGUGACUUUUGUGUAGCAUCCAAUGUGUACAGAGGAAAAUAGUGGCUGAAAUGUUCCCUAGGUAUCCUCACUGAUUACUAGUUCCAUGUGACGCACACUACAAUAGGCACUUCCUUUUCUGGACUGUAUCUAGACAAGCAUUGCUCCUUGUCAGUAACAUUCUGUGCUGAUUUAAGGAAAGUAGCAUUAUUUUAAUGUGUUCUAUGGCUGUCUGAUCAUAGAAUUAGAUUUCUAAGCCUACCUGUGUCUUCAAAAUGGUUAAAUAUUUGUCUUGGUUGAUAGUAUACCAUUUUCUCUCAAGUGCCAAAGGACAUAUGAAAUUUUCUCUGUUGUUACAGUCAAACACAGAAUGAAAUUAGGGCUCUGUGUGAUAACAUGACCUCUUUUAAUUAUUAGGUUUUAUAACAGACAUUAAAUUGAAUGAUUUUAUAUAUCUGUACUGGGUUCUAUAUCUUAGUAGAGUUGUGGGUCCAGAAUGGUGCCUGUAUUUUUUUCUUUCCCAUCUGAAAUCCUGUCAAUUAAAAAAAAAAAUUCCAAAGGUUUCAACCACAAAGCACUUUAAAAAAAAAUGUAAGUAUAGUUUUUAUUUAAGGAGAAUUAUGUCAGCAUAUGCUGGCCAACCCAAGUUUAUUAUACUAGCUUUAUCCAAAAUGUAAAUUUAAGCCUCUAGAUGCUGAUGUGUGGACUUACAGCCUUUAAAGUUUUGCCCAGUCUAAGAGCAAAGAUCUAGAUUUCUUACCUUACUCUAUCUUAUAAUUCAAAAGCAUUUUAACUAACUUAAAAGAUUCAGUGAUGUCUUAGAUGUUCUCCAGUCCAUAAGGUGUUGCCUCAAUUCAUAUCAAACUGUAGUGAGAGCUCUCAGCACUAAUCUGCUCCAGUUGUGUGUAUUAACUUAGUCGUGACUCAUCUUGAAAUGAUUUAAAGGAGUGGAUAGGCAAGAGGUCUAAAAGUAUUCAGAUUGUUAACACUAAACUGUUGAAUAUUGAAAACCUCCUGAGUUUGCAGUUUACUCUCUGCUUUUUAGAAAACCAGUUGAUCUAUCCUAAUGAUAUCAACCCUAUUAAGCUACAGUCUGGGUAUUAAAAUGAUUUCCAGUACAGCCCAUGUGUUUAGACAUGUAACGGGAAUUAAGAAGCACUAUAUGUUUCCAAUUCUAAGAAGGGGCAAAGUGUCCACACUUUGGUCUAUGUUCUUCUUCAGUUUCAUGUGUUUUACAAAUUGUCUCUUAUAUCUCGGGUAUACUAAGUUUCUGGGCUAAUAUCCACUUAUCAGUGAGUACAUAUCAUUUGAGUUCUUUUGUGAUUGUGUUACCUCACUCAGGAUGAUGCCCUCCAGGUAUAACCAUUUGCCUAGGAAUUUCAUAAAUUCAUUCUUUUUAAUAGCUGAGUAGUACUCUAGGUGCAACAACAUUAUGAACUAACCAGUACCCCAGAGCUCUUGACUCUAGCUGCAUAUGUAUCAAAAGAUGGCCUAGUAGGCCAUCACUGGAAAGAGAGGCCCAUUGGACACUCAAACUUUAUAUGCCCGAGUACAGGGGAACGCCAGGGCCAAAAAGUGGGAGUGGGUGGGUAGGGGAGUGGGGGAAGGGUAUGGGGGACUUUUGGGAUAGCAUUGGAAAUGUAAUUGAGGAAAAUACGUAAUAAAAAAAUUAAAAAAAAAAGUAGCACUAUAUGUGAGGCUGUCUACCACAAAGUUAACAUUGCCCUUUACUUUGCAACAGAGAAACAAAAAUCAUUUCAAGAGAUUGAUAAUCCCCUUCAUAGAUCUGAUGGCCAGUUGGCCUUUCUCCAUAGUUAGGAUGAGAAUUGGUUUUUUAAAAGUACAUCUUUUUGUCAUAGCUGUUAAAUAUGAUCUCAUAUUACACUGAAUAAAUUUAAACUUUACUGAAGGACUGUGAACUAUGUUUUGCUUGAUGGUUGUAAACUUGGUACCUAAUGUUCCACGUAAAAAUAAAGUUGGCCACAGAGCUACAUAUGGGCAUAUGCAUAUGUAUUUGAUUUGCCACUGAAGUAAGAUAUUGUCUGUGUGGUACUGAGUUUUGUUGUUGUUCUUAAUAAAAUGUGAUGCCAUCCU